UCAUUAGGGAUUAUUAUUAAUGCAGAUUAUUAUUAAUGCAAAGCAGUGGGCGUUUACAUCCGAGUCUACAAUCUGCAUCUGGAGCAUUCUGAUGAGAGGGUCCAAACAGGAUAGAAAAUAGCCUAUUCUAAUUCUCACUAAUAAUGUUUUUUAUGUUGAUGAAAUUGUACGUGGUCCUCAGAGAACAGUUCCAAAUAAUAAUAAUAUUAAUAAUAAAAAGUUAAUGACCCCUUUAAGAACAGCACAGUCUGAAUAAGGGCUAUUUUAUCAUAGCAAGUCAAUGUUUGCUAUUAUUUUGGAUGCCUAUACCACCCAUGACGUGCAGCGUCGGUCACGUGAUCAUGUGACCGCGGAUUGUUGGUGUGACGCGCAUGUUAAACUGUCAGAGAGUAGUAGAAUCCCUGGACUGUCAUCACUGCAGACACAUGUGCUUGAUGUGCUGGCGGGACUCAGAGGACUUUAAAACAACAAGAGCAACAUGGAAAUGAAAUCGUUAUCACAACCCAGCCGGAUGGACAGAAGUGGUAGCUUUCUUCAGCUUGUCGAUGCAUUUGCAUUGUCACUGGGUGCUUUGGAACAGCAAAUGGUUCGUGCUGCGCAGAAAAAAGACAGAGAUCCAGACAGAGAUCCAGACAUGUCUGUGCUCAUAGAGAUAGAGGGAGAGAUGAGCGCUUUGUGUCUACAUUAUCCUGCAGAUGAUGGGGAUGGUACGAGUAUAAGUGUCUGUGUCUUGGACAAACUGAUACACACACACCCCAUCUGGCUUCUGCUUACAAUCGACCAGCAAGAGGCCACUGGCAUCCUACUGCAGCAACCAGCUGGGGUGUUUUUAGUGUGGAAAUCAUCUGUCCUCCAAAAGAAGGUCCUGUCAUUCCACAUGGAUGGUAGCUCAGACUCCACCGUCAUUCACAUCCCUGUAAAGGAGAGUCAGUACACAUUUUCUCUACAGGGCUCAGGAAUCAGUUUUGCUGACCUCUUUCGUCUUGUGGCCUUUUAUUGUAUCAGCAGAGACAUUCUGCCGUUUACCCUGAAGCUUCCUGAGGUCAUCCACUCAGCUGAGACCCUGUCAGAUCUAGAUGAAGUGGCUCAGCAAGGAGCAGCAUUCUGGGAAUCUUCUUUCAACAAACAACAAGGGACAAUCUUUGCCCAAGAAAGGUCUCCGGUUCAGGACAACUGCUAUGAUGUCUUACAGAUAAAGGAUCAAACCUCCACACCAAAUGGGAAGCUAAAUGUCCCACUACCACUGACUAACACCUGCCCUAAUACCUCAGAGGUUGUAAGAAGUUGCUUCAGCAGUGCUUUGUCUUUUAUCAACCCUGUCUUUCUCAAGACACAGCAAGAUGUCACAGGAAAUUCAGAAACAGUGAUCUCAAAGGACCCAACAGCAGAAAACGGAAAAUCUCGUCCCCCUCCUCCACCAAGACCACCUCCUCCUCGUAUUUUAGUUCAUAGUCCUACUGCAUCCCCAGGUCCGAGGACUAUGCCUUUGAGUGCUGGCAUUACCAGAAUGAGUCAGAGACGCAAUCCUCUACCACGACAAGCACCAGACAUUGACAGCUACCGCUGCUCUAUUGCGUUAGAUGACGAGACCAUCUCUAGAGCCCUUUCUCAAGCCAAUCGGAACCAUACAACGCCUUUUAACCCGACCAGCAGCACCAUCCUGCAGCAAUGGACUGGACCCGAAGAGAAAGGGCGAAGCUCAAGUGGUCAAAGCUUGUCCACUUCCUCAUUGGAUUCUUUGGAUUCUCCUCCUCAUCCUCUCCCUAUGGGACUAUCCCAAAGUGUUGGCAAAGGCCUCUCCACGGAUGACAGCAGUGAUGAAUAUGACGACGAAGAGGACAACUACGGUGUGGGACUUGAACGGGAUCUGCAUCUUCGCCUUCGUGCUUCCCGCAUGUCAAAGAAACUCCUGACAGUCGAACUAGUGGGGGCUCAACCGAGGUCUCUUGUUAUCCCACGAGCACUAAAGGGACACUUUCGUAAGGUCCAAGGUGUUUUCAGUGUGCUGGCUACACCUGAAAAACGCAUCUUGCUCCGGAUUAUUGAGUUGUCUCAAGACAAAACUUCCUACUUUGGGUGCCUGGUGCAGGACUAUGUGAGCUUUGUGCAGGAGAAUAAAAACUGCCCCUCGUCCAGCCAGGAUCUUCUGCAGACCAUCCGGCAGUUCAUGACCCAGAUGAAAGCUUACCUCAAACAGAGCUCAGAAAUGGACCCACCUAUAGAGUCGUGCAUACCUGAGGAUCUGAUAGAUCCAGUGUUGGAGAAAGCCAUGCAUAAGUGUGUGCUGAAACCUCUGUACGGCUGCUUGCAGUCGGUGUUGCGUGACUUCCAGGAGGCCGGUGGAGUGUGGCAGAGGCUGCGGGAGAAUCUGGCCCUGGCCAAGGCCAAACAUCCUCACGAGCUGGGUGUGAAUGGAACCCGGCCACCAGACGCCCACGCCAUCCACAGGAUCCACCGAAAACUCCGAGCCAUGUGCCAGAUGUACUCACCUGAGAGGAAGAUUAUGGUGCUGUUAAAAGUCUGCAAACUCAUCUACAACAUUAUGCAAGACCAUGAAGUGCGGAUGUUUGGAGCAGAUGAUUUCCUACCCAUGUUGACAUAUGUGUUGGUCCAGUGUGACAUGCCUCAGCUGGACACUGAGAUCCUGUAUAUGAUGGAGCUGAUAGAUCCCACAUUACUGCAUGGAGAAGGAGGAUAUUACCUCACCAGUGCAUACGGAGCAAUGUCACUGAUUAAGAAUUUCCAGGAAGAGCAGGCAUCACGAAUACUGAGCUCUACAACACGCGACACACUCCACCAGUGGCACCGGCGUCGCACACUACAGAGAAACCUGCCCUCAGUGGACGACUUCCAGAACUACAUGCGAGUGGCUCUGCAGAAGGCAGAUAGCGGCUGCACGGCUAAAACCCUCCAGGUGCAGCCCAAUGCCACGACGGAAGAGGUGUGCUGCCUUUGUGCGCUCAAAUUCCACGUGUCUGAUCCAGAAAACUACGGCCUCUUUCUCUACACAGAUGACAGCAGCCAGCAGUUGGCCGCAGACACACACCCACAGUGGAUAAAGGCAGAGAUACAUAGUCGACCGAACCGUCAACACUUUUACUUUGUCUACAAGUCGAUACCCAACAUGAACUGUUCGACUCCUUCGUCUUGAGUGCUGGACAUUUCCUGAACACUCAGUAACUGGAAAAUGUUUAAUGAAGGUGUGACUUUAAGGAAUGUGUAUAAAGAUAGUAAAAUGUAAAAGUCUCAUGUACUCAGUGGCUCAAGAAAAAAUGAUGUAAUUGCCCCUUUACAUGAAUAGAAACAUUCCACUGAAUGACUGCAGUCAAUCUGAGUAAAAAUUAGAAUUCACAAUGGUUCUUUUCUUAUUUUUAUAAUUACCGUAUUUUUCUGACUAUAAGUCGCACCUGAGUAUAAGUCCCAUCAGUCCAAAUAUACGUCAUGAUGAGGAAAAAAACAUAUAUAAGUCGCAUUUAUUUAGAACCAAGAGAAAACAUAACCAUCUUCAGCCACGAGAGGGCGCUCUAUGCUGCUCAGUGUAGACUACAGGAAAAUGAGCAGCAUAGAGCGCCCUCUCGUGGCUGUAGACGGUUAUGAUUUCUAUUGGUACAUUUAUCUUGGUUCAUUUCACUCGGUUCAUUUCACUCGGUUCAUGUCAAAUUAAUUUUGAUAAAUAAGUCACACCUGACUAUAAGUCGCAAGACCAGCCAAACUAUGAAAAAAAGUGCGACUUAUAGUCCGGAAAAUACGGUAUUUACCUAUCUUUCCCAUUAAAGGGGUCCAAAUGAUGUUAUUUAUUGGGUAUCAGAAUUUUUGGAAAUAUUGUUUGUUAGUUGUUGUAUUUGUAUUUUUUUUAAUGUGGGAGAAUUAAGUAGCAACAGGCUUUCAUGCGAAAUUCCGAAGACUGCUAAAUUUUAUUUUGGUUUGAAUAAUGACAAAUAUUCUUAGUUUCACAGAUUCAAAUUGUAACGUUAAUUCGUAAUUGUAUGAUAAUAUAAAUACAGUUGUUCAUAUUACAAAUCUGAAAAUAUAUAUUUUUAUAUACGAAUUGUGAGACCGAAGUGUGCUAUAUUUUUAGAAAAUCACCUAUGCAUAUUACAUUAUGUAAAAUAAUGUUUAUUCACAUUAAGUUUUAAUUUGAAUAGAAAUGUUUACUAUAAAGGGCAUUUAUUGGGUAUUGUAAGUUACAUGGUAUUGAACAUGUCAGUAUAUAUAUUCUUUCCUUUGAUUCAAUAUGAAUUCAAUGUAGCAUAUUUCCCCAAAAAAGCCAGGACUGCAAUGAAAGCCAUAUUAUGCCACUUUUCUGCAUGUACAGAGGUGUCAGGCAUUCUCUAGUUAACCUAUAGAGUUCUGUAUAGAAUCUUUAAGCUAUUUUUGCAUUCAGUCGAGUGUGUGUUGAAGUAUGCAUCAGAAAAUUGUCUCCUCUGCCAUCAAGAGACUCAAUCAACACAUCAGUGUGAAAAUUCUUUGAAGGAAGACGCUUUCAUACUGUGAGCUUCAGAAGAGAUGAUGCUUGAUCACGUGGUUGCUUUUUCUUUAGCACAAUAGAGAUGUGUCAGUGUGACCUUGCACACUGUUCAGUUGGCUACAGAAGCUUUUUUCCUCACUUUGUUCUUCUGAAAUAAGAACACUUUGCUGUUUAUACUUCAGCCAAUGUCUAAAUGUGCUACACUGUAAAUGUUAUAUAUUUUUUGUACCAUAACAUGUACAAUGUACAGAGAAUGUUUCCAGAACACUGAACUUGUGCAUGUUUUAUUCCCUUUGUGAUUAUUUUCACUGCAGGAAAUAAAAUCUUUAUUCUUUUUAUUAACUCAAA